AUGUCCUCCUUGAAAGAAUACUUGCGGAAUUUAAAUUUAUUUUCGCCAUCAUCCGAUUCUAAUGAGCAAGAAAAUGAUCAACAACGUCGAUGGAAUAUUACUGGUACAAGAAUUUAUAUUAUACUUAUCAUAAUCAUUCUUUUUAUUAUUGGUCUUAUUUUAUUAUUACUUGAACAAUCGACGAUGGUUACUAUACCAAAUCCAACAAAAGAACAGUUUCAAAGUCUGCCUAUCAAUGCAAAAUGUUCAUGUUCUCAUAUUUCUAUUCCAUAUGGGAAAUUUAUGUCCUUAGAAGCAAGUUUUCAUCAAGUUUGUUCAAGUAAUUUUAUUACUAAUCGAUGGCUAAAUGCAAUUGACUCGAAAACAAAUACAACUUAUUUGGCUUUUCAAGAUUUUCGACGUAUUGGUAAUGCUCAGUUUCAAGCACUUGCUGCUUAUUGUGGUUUGUCAAAAUCAUAUACUGAUCAAAGUAUUAAUAUCGUUUCUCAAAAUACAUUGCUAAGUCCACAAAUCUUAUCAGAAAAAUUUCUGCAGUCACACAUCAAUACAAUGAUUGAACAAUUCAAACUAAAAACACCAAAUACUUUUAAUAUGCAACUAAAAUUAAUUAUCAACAUGACAGUCGCCAAUGAAUUAAUGCCUGCACUACAAACUAGUCUCUAUCUCAGACUGGUAGGAGGCGCACCUGAUCUAUAUGUACACCUUUACACACGAACGAAUGGUGCUAUGUGUGAUUGCACUCUAAACAAUUGUAAUCAGAUAGAGUCAGGUAUUGCCAAUAAAUUUGGAAAAGAGAGUGUGUACAACACUAUGAAUGAUCUGGCAUGGUCUAUACCAGGAAUGUCAGCAGGUUGUUACCCAGGAUUUACACUUCUAUCGUCAACACUUGAAUGUUUCUACGAUCAAAUAUGUGUAAACAAAUCUAUUUCAUAUUUUCCAACAAGUGACACAUUCAAAGCGUUGAUUAUAAAUAAUGAAAGCUCAUAUCAACCAACAUCAACUAUCCAAUCAAUAGUUGAUAAUAUGAUGAUUGAAGAUUGGAUACCGCUUUUUUCUUAUGAUAAAUAUUAUUCAGAAUGUGCACCAUCUUCAUGUACUUAUUUGAAAAAAUUUCGACGAGAUUUUGUUCAUGUCUUGAAAAAAUUGAUUAGUUUAUUGUCUAGUUUGACAUUAAUACUGGGAUUAAUAAUUCCACUUGUUAUUGGAUUCAUUAUGAAACGACGAGAUCGAACACCAAAACCACGAAUUUCUUUCAAAAAUCGUUUAUAUCAAUUUAAAGAAACUAUUCAAAAGAAAUUAAUUGAAUUGAAUAUUUUCAAACAUUCAUCUAAUACAGAUCGACAAACGAAAUUUCAACGUUAUGCAACACGAUUGUAUAUAUUUUUACUGAUUGGUUCAAUGAUAAUUAUAACUAUUUAUGUAUUUUUACAAAAAACAAUUCAAUCAAAAACGAUUUCGUAUCCUACUGAAUCUCAGUUUUCUCAACUUCAAAAAAAAUAUCCUCAAUCACUUUCAUGUCCAUGCAGUUCAAUGUCAAUAUCUUAUUCAAAUUUCACAACAAUUCAACCACAAUAUCAUCAAUUAUGUCGAAGUGAUCUCAUUUCUCCAGAAUGGAUUCAUUACAUGGAGGCAAGUACUAAGGGAAGGACUAUAGUUUACAAUGAUUAUCGAAUAAUUGGUACUAAUUAUUUUAAAUUAUUAUCACUAUUGUGUGAACAAGCUGAAGAAAUCAUUGAUAAUGCGCUUGAGAUUUUUCUCAAAACAGAAUUCGUUAGUUCACAAGUUCUUGUAAAAGAAUCGUUUCAAAAUCAAAUAAAUUCAUCAAUUGAAGGUUGGAAAUUAUCAACGACAAAUACUUUUAAAAGAACUAUUCAAUUAAUUCAACAAAUUCAUCAGGGAAAUCAAUUGAUUAGUAGUCUACAUACCGGUCUUUUUAAAGUAGAUAAAAAUUUAGAAGUAUAUGUAAAUUCACGAACAUAUGAUGGAUGCAAUUGUUUUUUAAAUUCAUCCUGCUAUUCUACUGUUGAACUUCAUCGCUCCGGUGCACAUAAUGUAUACGUAAGUGACCCAUAUCCAGUUUCAAAUGUUUUUCGUGGUUGUUAUCCAGUUCAAUCAUUAUUUGUAUCAACAUUAGAAUGUUUUUAUAAUCUAUCAUGUAUGUUAGAAAUUAAUACACACAUGAAGUCUCCAGUACCUUUUAACUUUUCUGCUCUUAAUCAAACUUUAAAUCAACCAAAUGAAAAAAUUGAAAUGAUUAUUAAUCGAUUAAUGGUUAAACAAUGGUUACCAAAUGUUAAUUUUUCAUCAUAUUAUGAAAAAUGUGCACCAUUAUCAUGUACAUAUCAAUAUGAUGGUCGAAAUAAUAUUUUUAUUAGUAUUACAACUAUUAUAAGUAUUUUUGGUGGUUUAUCACUUGCAUUGAAACUUUUAAUUAUGAUUAGUCUGGAAUUUAUUGAUAAAAUUUAUUCAAAUAAUUUGUUCCAUUUAAUUUCAUUCAAUUUCAUUAAAAAAAUCUUUAUUUGUCAUACUGAAAAUCAAGUUAUUCAUCGAUUACAUGUGAUAUUAGUUAUUGGAACUCUUACUACAUUUUAUAUGUUCUCUGCUUUUACUCCUCGUGUAAUUACUAUUGAAAUCAAUAAACCUUCAUUAAAAAUCUAUGGAGAUUUAUAUAAAGAAUAUAAUGAUACAUUGGAAUGUCCAUGUUCACAAUUAACAAUGAAACAUAAAUCAUUUUUAACUUUAACAACUCGUUUUCAUGAAAUAUGUUCAGGUGGCUUUAUUACAUAUCGAUGGCUUUCAUAUUUAUAUGACAAAAGAAAUAACUAUCAACGACAUUCAUCAUAUGAUUUUUAUAAUUCAGCUGUUGGACAAUUUAAAUUACUUUUCUCAUUUUGUAAAUUAUCAAACGAAACAGUUUCUGAAUCAAUUCUUCAAUUAGGAACAACGGAUUUGGUUAAUAAUCAACUUUUAUCAGAAUAUAUCUUAAAUAAUACAAUUGAAAUGUUUAUUAAUGAAUUUCAACAAACAUUGUUACAAUCAUUUGUCAAUAGUAUUUCAUUAAUUCGAGAAACAAUCAAUAGUAAUAUGUUCAUGACUGUAUAUCUAAGUAGUUGGGAGUUUGAACAUAUAGUUUCUCUGUCUCUUUCAGAGAAUAUUAAUGUGUUUCCCUUAAAUUAUACUGGGUGUAGUUGUUCAUCAUCAUCUAAAUGCGUUAGUUCAUCUCGUGGAAUGUUAACUGGUUGUUAUCCACUUGAAACAAUAUUUCAAACAACAUUAGAUUGUUUUUAUAAUCAACAAUGUAUUGAUUCAACAAAUAAUUUCAAAUCAAUAAAUAUUUCAACAUUAGAAACAAGUCGUUUUUUAUUAAAUCAAACAAUUGAAUCAGUUGUCAAUGAAUUAAUGCUUGAAGAAUUAAAAUUUGAAAUAAAUUAUACAAAUUAUUUUGAUCAGUGUUCACCAUCUUUAUGUAUUUAUUCAUAUGCUGAUAAAACGAAUGCUAUUGAAGGAAUACUAAUAUUAAUUGGUUUAUAUGGUGGUUUAGUUAUUAUUUGUCGAUUAAUUGCUAUUAUUAUUGUCAAAAAAAUGUGUCGGAUGAAUAGCAGAGUUAAUCCGGCUACAAAUCUAUCUUAA